AUGUUGAUUUUUGCUGGUGGCGCCGGCGGCGGUGGACGGUGGAGGAUUAGUGAGUGGAAAGAUAUACCGGAGGAGCUGUUGUUGAGGAUUCUUUCUUUGGUGGAUGAUCGGACGGUGGUUGUGGCUUCUGGGGUCUGUCAUGGAUGGAGGGAUGCCAUUUCAUGGGGUCUCACCCAUUUAUCCCUUUCUUGGUGCAAGAAGAACAUGAAUAAUUUGGUUCUAUCACUCUUUCCAAACUUCAAGAAAUUGCAGGUUUUGAUUCUGCGACAAGAUACGCCACAGCUUCAGGAUAAUGCAGUUGAAACCAUUGCAAGUUACUGCCACAACUUGCAAGAAGUGGACCUUAGCAAGAGUUUUAAACUUACCGAUCACUCGUUGUAUGCCUUAGCACACGGUUGCCCAGAUAUUACAAAGCUGAAUAUCAGUGGGUGUUCUGCCUUCAGUGAUACUGCUCUGGCAUAUCUCUCGGGAUUUUGCAGAAAAUUGAAAUUCUUAAAUCUUUGUGGAUGUGUUAACGCUGCAACUGAUUGGGCAUUAAAGGCCAUUGGAUUCAACUGCAAUCAAUUGCAGUCUUUAAAUUUGGGAUGGUGUGAUCAAGUUGGUGAUGAAGGCGUGAAGAGUUUAGCGUAUGGUUGCCCUGAUCUUAGAGCCCUUGACUUGUGCGGCUGUCUUCUUAUAACAGACGAGAGUGUGAUUGCGCUGGCGAAUAAUUGCCUUCACCUUAGAUCCCUCGAUCUAUACUACUGUCAGAAUAUCACAGAUAGAGCAAUGUAUUCUCUUGCACAGAGUCGAGUAAAGAACAAGCAUGGAACUUGGGAGUCUCCAAAGAACAAAUACGAGGAUGAAGGGCUGACGAAUCUGAACAUCAGCCAGUGCACUGCAUUGACUCCUCCAGCAGUUCAGGCACUAUGCGACUCAUUUCCAGCCCUUCACACAUGCCCUGGCCGGCAUUCUCUGAUUAUAAGUGGCUGUCUGAACUUAACAUCUGUGCAUUGUGCCUGUGCUGUCCAAGCACACCGUGCUGCAAGCAUGCUACCUCAUCUAGCUCACUGA